AUGGCCAUUUGGCCGCCGUCGCCACCAGUGCCAGUGGCACCGCCGUUCAGCCCGGCCGUGGUAUACACGAUCACGACGAUGGGAGGAUCCUACCCUGAGGAGGUGAGCUGGACUCUCACCUGCGAGGGGAAGGAAGUCAUCUCUCAAAGCGCCCGCAACGCAACAUGGUACGCAACCUACCCCGUCUCGCUCUCAGUUGGCAUGCAGUGCACCCUGCUCAUGUGCGAUUCGUAUGGUGACGGCUGGGACGGCGCCAGCUGGACGGGCCUCGGGCAGGUGGCCCUCACUUUGGAUUGCCCCACCUACACCUACGACGGAUUUCCUCUCACCUACGACGGAUUUCCUCUCACCUACGGGUACGAUCCUUUCACCUAUGACACCUCCGGGGACCUGGGCCUGCCGCGACCGAGCCCUGAACCGAGCCCUGGUGACGGAGCCUGCCCGGUUGUUCGGGGCGGCCACUGCUACCAGCGCAUCGAGCACUUCGAGGUGGCGCUCGUAGCCCCUCCCCCUCUGCCGCCACCGCUGCCGCCGCCACCGUUGUCACCGCCGCCGUCUCUGCCGUCGCCACCCUCGCCACCACCGGCACCGCCGUUCAGCCCAGCUGUGGUCUAUACCAUCACGACGACGGGAGGAUAUAACCCUGAGGAGGUGAGCUGGACUCUCACCUGCGAGGGGAAGGAAGUCAUGUCUCAAAGCGCAGUUAUCACGUACGCAAGAUCCCACGCUGCUGUCCGUGAGUACCCCGUCUCGCUCUCAGUUGGCAUGCAGUGCACCCUGCUCAUGUGCGAUUCGUAUGGUGACGGCUGGGACGGCGCCAGCUGGACGGGCCUCGGGCAGGUGGCCCUCACUUUGGAUUGCGACACCGUGGAACCGAGCCCUGAGCCGAGCCCUGCACCGAGCCCCACCUACGACGGAUUUCCUCUCACCUACGACGGAUUUCCUCCCACCUACGACGGAUUUCCUUUCACCUAUGACACCACCGGGGACCUGGGCCUGCCGCGACCGAGCCCUGAACCGAGCCCUGGUGACGGAGCCUGCCCGGUUGUUCGGGGCGGCCACUGCUACCAGCGCAUCGAGCACUUCGAGGUGGCGCUCGUAGCCCCUCCCCCUCUGCCGCCACCAUCCCCGCCGUCUCCGCCGUCCCUGCCGCCGCUGCCGGGCUACUGCUUCGCCACCUCGGCGGUCGCAUCCAAGGCCGUCGUUGUCCCCAGGAUUGUCGGCGGCUUCAAUAUUGACCCGCCGAGGCUUUAUCAGUUUCUCGUCCACCUCGACCCGCCUGGCUGCGGAGGCAUCCUCAUCGCCCCCGAGUACGUGCUCACUGCCGCGCAUUGCGUGCCUGGCAUUUCGGUCGGCCAAUCAGUGCUGAUUGGUCAGUACGAUCGCAAUCCCCCCUCCCCAGACGCGUGUGUCGAGACCAUGCACGUCGAGACGAUCGUCUCGCACGAGGCGUAUGAAUCUAGCACGGAGAACAACGACAUUGCGCUCAUCAAGCUGACGGGAGUGAGCCAGUACGCCCCGAUCGACCACCUCGACCAGCCCGGAGAUGGCACCUGGCACGUCGACGGCACCGACCUCGUCGUGGCGGGCUGGGGCACCCUCUCAUCAGGCGGCGCGGCGUCCGACAUCGCGCAGCACGUGACGGUCCCGGCGGGGGUCGACAGCUGCCAGGGCGACUCGGGCGGGCCGCUCUUUGGCAUCGACGGCUCGGGCGAGCGGACCCUGGUCGGCAUCGUGAGCUGGGGGGAAGGCUGCGCCAGACUGGGCUACCCGGGCGUGUACGCGCGCGUGCAGGCCUACACCGACUGGAUCUGCGCGAGGACGGACGGCGCGGUCUGUCCGCCGCCGGCCUCGCCACCCUCGCCACCGCUAAGCCCGCCGCCGUCCCCGCCGCCACUAUACGCCAUCACGAUGACGGUGGGCAGCUUCCCCUGGGCGGCGGGCACCCACUGCACCCUGAUGAUGUACGACGAGGCGUACGCCGCGCGCGAGUUUGGCGCGCCCAACGUCACGUCGCCAGAAGUGGCCGCCGCCGCGGCGGUAGCGGGCGGUUGGGACGGCGCCGCCUGGUCGGGCCUCGGGCAGACAAACAUCACGAAGCGCGCCAGCGGCUAUGCGGAGCGGUACGACCUCGUCGUGGCGGUGGAUGGCGCGCCGUCGCUAUGCGAGCCGUGGUGUGCGCUCGACGAGCGCUGGUGGAAAGACAAGUGCGACCUCGAUGGCUGUUCCGGUUGCGGCGAGUGCACGGCGAACGUGUGCAAGGACUGGUGUCGUUCGGUCAACGAGCCAUGGGCCUUCCUAUGCACCUGGCAGCAGUGCGUUGGCUGCACCGAGUGCGUCGGCUCACCCGAAUAUGAGACGAGCGACUUCGCCUGCUCUUAG